AUGGUAGAAAGCGUUGAGGUGCUGCAGUGGCGCAUCAACCACGCUAUUGAGAACCAGAUGAUACCACCCGAAACGAACUAUAUCAGUGAGCUGCUUGCUGCCAGCUUAGCUCUGGACAACUCCAACGAGCAACUGAGGCUGCUUGAUUAUCGGUGGCAAGCGUAUCUCGACAAACAGUACGUGCAGUGCCAACAUUUGGACGAAUUUUUGGAAGGACUAGUGCAGCACCUCCUGAAAAAGAAGCCCGACCGUCCGUUGGAAGAGUUGCUUCUAUACCUCGAAAGUGAAAGAAGGCAGUAG